GCUGGCUCGCCGCGGCGGCGGUCCUUUCGCUGCUCGCCGCCGUGCCGCGCGGCGGCAGGGGGUCCAGGGCCGCGGCGGUCGGCCGCGCGGCGGCGGCUGCGGAGACCGAGGAGGCGGAGCCCCCCUUCGACCCUUCCAAGCAAGUGGGGGUGACCCUGCCGAUGAUGUACUUCGACCCUGCGGGAUUCUGCAAGGCGGGCGACAAGGAGACCUUCUACAACUACCGCUGCGCCGAGCUCAAGCACGGCCGCGUCGCCAUGGUGGCAUCCCUCGGGGCGGUGGCUCAGCACUGGCUCAAGUUCCCCGGCUUCGAAGACGUUCCGGCCGGCCUGGGCGCGGUCAUCACCCCGCCAGGCACCUUCGGCUUGGUGGCUCUGGUAGCGCUGGCGGGGGGUAUCGAGACCGCUGUGUGGACGCAGGACCCAGACAAGGAGCCGGGCGACUUCGGGGACCCCGCCGGCUUCGGUCAGUAUUACGAGGAGUGGAGGAACCGUGAGUUGAACAAUUGCCGGAUGGGCAUGAUCUCCAUCACGGCAAUCAUCGUCACUGAAUUGGCGACGGGGCUCGACGGGAUCAGCCAGAUCUGGAGGCCCCUCAGCAACCUGCCCGUCGAGUGA